AUGAGUCAAUAAGAUAUUUCUGAUUCAGAUAACUAUUCUAUGGAUUCAAUAAAACUAGAAAAACUAGAUGAAUUAAAUGAUUUAAAUUAUAAUGAUGAUAAUUUAGAUGAUUUAGAUAAAAUUAUUGCAGAUAUACAAAGUAUAAAAUAUCCAUAAAAUUUUAGAGAUUGAAUUUAAAUAAUAGAUUCCUUAGUAAGAUCAAAAUAAAAUAAAAAGAGGAGAGAGCUUAGAUUAAUUUAUUUGCAAUUUCUUUGUUAAAUAUUAAUUACAUAGAAGUUUAGAAAUAUUUUAAGUAAAUAUAUUAAAAAUAAAAGGAAGAAUGGACAGAAUUAACAAAGUCAACUAUGUUUCACAUUAAUAGUAUCAAUGCAAUUCCAGAUAUUUAUGUGUAGUUUGAGAAAUUAAAGGAUGAACUCUUAUUUUUAAAAGGAGAACUAGAAAGAUCACAGUUGAUGUCUGAAAAGGCUUCAAUAACACUAUAAAAAUUAAAAUAAUAACGAGAUUUUCAUAAACUAAAUUUUUAUAGAACAUAAUAAGAAAAGAAGCAAUUAUCAAUUGAAUAUGAUAAACUUAAAUAAUAACUGAAUUUCUAAGAAGAAAAAUUGUCUAAAUCAAAUAUCAGAAUUAUUGAUAAAAAAGAAUUGACUUAAGAAGAUCCAUUAUUAAAUAGAAAAAGAUCAUUAUUAAAAAAUACUUUAUAAUAAACAAAAAAUGAAGAGGAAAUAAAUAAUUAAAAAGAUAUUUAAAAAUUAAUAGAUAGAUUACCUCAAGUUAAGAAAUCUAGUGGAUAAUCUUUAUUGUUUAAACCAAAAAUAAAUAAAUGA